AGUGGGCACUCGGCGGCCAGCUCGGACGUCGGGCUCCGACCCGCGUCCUGUGAAGUGGAGUGGCCGCCCAGGGGCGACCAGAUCCGAGAGCGCGGAGAGCGCGCAUGGCGGCUGUGGGGCCGCGGACCGGACCCGGCACCGGGGCCGAGGCUCUAGCGCUGGCGGCAGAGCUGCAGGGCGAGGCGACGUGCUCUAUCUGCCUAGAGCUCUUUCGUGAGCCGGUGUCCGUCGAGUGCGGCCACAGCUUCUGCCGCGCCUGCAUAGGGCGCUGCUGGGAGCGCCCGGGCGCGGGGGUUGUUGGGGCGGUGACCCGCGCGCCGCCCUUCCCACUGCCCUGCCCGCAGUGCCGCGAGCCCGCGCGCCCCAGUCAGCUGAGGCCCAACCGGCAGCUGGCCGCCGUGGCCACGCUCCUGCGGCGCUUCAGCCUGCCCGCGGCCGCCCCGGGAGAGCACGGGUCCCAGGCAGCCUCGGCCGGAGCAGCGGCUGCCCGGUGCGGUCAGCAUGGCGAACCAUUCAAGCUCUACUGCCAGGACGACGGACGCGCCAUCUGCGUGGUGUGCGACCGCGCCCGCGAGCACCGCGAGCACGCCGUGCUGCCGCUGGACGAGGCGGUGCAGGAGGCCAAGGAGCUCUUGGAGUCCAGGCUGAGGGUCUUGAAGAAGGAACUGGAGGACUAUGAGGUGUUCCGGUCCACGGAAGAGAAGGAGAGCAAGGAGCUCCUGAAGCAGAUGGCAGCGGAGCAGGAGAAGGUGGGGGCAGAGUUCCAGGCACUGAGGGCCUUCCUAGUGGAGCAGGAGGGCCGGCUGCUAAGCCGUCUGGAGGAACUGUCCCGGGAGGUGGCACAGAAGCAGAAUGAGAACCUGGCCCAGCUCGGUGCUGAGAUCACCCAGCUGUCCAAGCUCAGCAGCCAGAUCCAGGAGACAGCUCAAAAGCCUGACCUUGACUUUCUCCAGGAAUUCAAAAGCACGCUGAGCAGGUGUAGCAAUGUGCCUGGCCCCAAGCCAACCACAGUCUCUUCUGAGAUGAAGAAUAAAGUCUGGAAUGUUUCUCUCAAGACCUUUGUCUUAAAAGGGAUGCUGAAGAAGUUCAAAGAGGACCUGCGGGGCGAGCUGGAGAAAGAGGAGAAAGUGGAGCUCACCUUGGAUCCCGACACAGCCAACCCGCGCCUCAUCCUCUCUCUGGAUCUUAAGAGCGUGCGCCUCGGCGAGCGGGCCCAGGACCUGCCCAACUACCCCCGCCGCUUCGACACCAACACCCGCGUCCUGGCGUCCUGCGGCUUCUCCUCGGGCCGGCAUCACUGGGAGGUGGAGGUGGGCUCUAAGGACGGUUGGGCCUUUGGCGUGGCCCGCGAGAGCGUGCGCCGGAAGGGCCUGACGCCCUUCACCCCCGAGGAGGGCGUCUGGGCCCUGCAGCUCAACGGCGGCCAGUACUGGGCCGUGACCAGCCCCGAACGUUCGCCCCUCAGCUGCGGGCACCUGUCACGCGUGCGGGUGGCCCUGGACCUCGAGGUGGGAGCCGUGUCCUUCUACGCUGUGGAGGACAUGCGCCACCUCUACACCUUCCGCGUCAACUUCCAGGAGCGCGUGUUCCCGCUUUUCUCUGUUUGCUCCACGGGCACCUACUUGCGAAUCUGGCCUUGAGGGACACUGCUGGGGAGCUCCUGUCUCUGGGUUGCCGGUGGGAAGCGAUGUCACCUCCCCAGAGCUGCCUAGUCCGUCUUGGGUCUGCCCUCUGUGCUCCUGACUGACCCCGGCUGCCCAAGAGAGGCUGCUAUAGACACAACCGCGAGGCAGGAGACUGAGACUGUGGCCAACUGGGCAGGGACAGGGGCCUUGGCCUCCUGGGGCUGUUCCCCUCCUGAGGUCACACGUGGAUUUGGCCGGAGCCUUCAGGAGGUGGAAGCUGGUGAGGUCAGGAGCCCAGCUCUCCAGGGGGCUUCUGCCCUGACAGGGAAGGGCUCUGGCUCCCUAAAACAAUGUCAAAGUCAGUCCUGCUGUUCUCUGUUGCCAGGGGACAGGUCUGGGCCCAGGCCAACCAGGUUUGUUAUCAUGGCUGCUGCCUUCUGGACAGCUUCCAGUUCUGCCUUGAGAGGUUGUGGGACCUCUGGAUCCAGCUGGCCUGACAGGUCAGCUACGGAGCCCUGUGCUCCCAGCUCAGAGGACAGUCCCGGCCAAAACUGGAAGGAGACCCUUGGCCCGUCUUUGAGGGAGAAGCCCGGGACAAUGGGCAUCACAGCUUUCCAGCACUCCUUAGCCGGAGGAUACAGAGUGAUGGGUGCUUUCUGACCAAAGCAACAACCCACAUGUGCUCCCACAAACACCUGACUCCCCUACUUUCCAGUGCCAAAGUACAAACUCUGCUUGGAUAAGGACAGCAAAGCUUCUGGAACUUUAUUCUUUCUAAUUUUUUUUUAAGAGACUGGGUCUUGCCGGGCGCAGUGGCUCA